AUGACUAGAGAGUCCAAUAAAAGUGGCAAAGGAUCCAUCUCAAAUGAUGGUGUGAAAGAAUUAAAUCCAAACAUUAAUGAUCCAUCCACAAUUGAAUCUAUUAGUAAAGGAACAGUUAAUAAAAGAAGAACAAACACUUCUAGUAAAGGUACAAAACGAUAUAAGUUUGCAGUGAUUGACAAUAUAUCUGGAAAGAAAUCUGAUAGUCAUGGUGUGUUAAAAUCGAUAUCCGUUUCACAGAUUAGGAAUACUGCUGUACCAAAGAAAAUACCAAUGGAGGAGAAAAAUAAUAUUAAACAUGAACCUAACAAAAAGAAUAAUUCACAGGAUUUAGAAAACAAGAAUUUACAUGAUUCAGAUAAUAUCAGUAAAAAAAAGGAUAGUGUUGCGAUGAUUGAUCAUGAGACUGUAAAGUUGAGAAAAUCACUAGGCGAGAUGAGUCCACCUGAAGAAGUUGUGUGGCAAUUCAACCCUGAUGAUAAAUUACCAGUUGAUAAGACUACUAGCACUGUAGAAAUGUCUGAUGACAUUGAUAGAAUAGAUAAUAAUCUAAGAAACCCCUCUUCCUCCACUCCUCUAUUCAAUAAUCGAUUAAAAGGUAUUCUUGACUUUAAUAACAUAUCUGAACAUAAUAAACAAGCUAAUAUCAAAGAACAACAACAAGAGGCACAUAAAAAAAAUGGACUAGAAAUAGAAUCAGUAAAUACAGUAGAAAGACAAAUAAAUGGAACAAAUCUAAAAAUGUUCGCAGGUGACAGUAAUACUGAUUUGAAUAACAUGGAUAAAUAUGAAACAAUGACUACAAACACCAAGUUACUUAGGGAUAUAGAUGACAUUUUGAAUGAUAUUAAAGGAGACAUAUCUAUAAAAUUAAGAAGCAGUCUUAAGAAAUCUCAAAAAUUUAAAGAUAUUCCUUCUUCUCCAUUGCCUAUAGGGGAACAGUAUAAUGCAAGAGACCUAACUUUAACAGAGAUUUCUAAAGGGGAAAAAAUCGAUAUAAAUACAAAUUUUCGAUCAACCGUUAAAUCUCCUACAGGCUCAAAGGAUAUACCUAGUAAACAUAAUGACACUUAUCUUGAGAGUGAUGAAGAUGAUGAUUUAAUUAUGGAAAUGCUUACACAGAAUUUAUCACCAAAAAAACCUUCAUUAGAACAAAAUUGUAGUUUUAAUAGUGAAAAUAUGUCAAAAAAAAUCUAUAUUCAGAAUCAUCAAGGUGUAGGAGAGAAUAACAAGGAUAAAAUAACAUCAGAAAUAAAUAUGAAUAAUGAUAAUAUACUGAAAAAUGAAAAAUCUACCAAUAAUGUACUGUCAGGCGAUCCUUCAGGCGAUCCUUCAGAUGAUUCCUUGCUGGAUUAUUUUGACGUAUCAAAAUCAGUAUCAGACACAUCAACAGUAAUUGCAAAAAACACUCUUACUAAAAACAACAAGAAACCCAUGGUCAUUAAAUACAAUGUACAAAAGGAAAUUGACAAUAUCAAUUAUAUAGAACGCGCAAAAUGGUGCUAUAAUAAACCUGGUGUUGUUCGAUUAGUAAUUGUAUCAAUAAGACAAAUGAAUAUUCCAAACAUAGGAGAACAAAAAAUAUUAACAGGUAUUGACGGUGCUGGAAAAACUGAAACCGUGAUUCUUCGUUCACCAUGGGUAUACCUUAAAAUUAAAGAAGGUGACAUUGUUCACAUCAUUGAAGGCAAAAAUUUUGCAAAUAAGAGGCUACUAUCAGAUGCCAAAGAUCCACAAACACAGCUACCUAAUGACAAUUUAUUGAUUCUACAUCCAGAUCUGUUAUUAUCAGCAACCACAAUUGGCUCAGCAAUUCAAUGCCAAAGAAGUAGUUUUAUUCAACUUCUUUUUCAAGAUACUCGAGGUGAAGUUAGCUUACCUAUGACAAUUGGAAAUAUUGUCCAUGAAAUACUACAAAGUUGUUUAAAAUACAAACUAGAAAAUAUGAAAUUGACAAAUGAGUAUAUAGAACAAAAACUGGAUGAAUUAUUAGAAAUAUAUUCUUUUGCCAUUAUUGUAUGUGACGAAACCAUCGAUAAUGUCAGAAAAGAAAUAAUUAAAACGCAUUUAAACAAUAUUCUUACGUUCAUUAAUAAAUUCGUUACUAAAAGUAAUUUUGGAUGCUAUGUUAGUAUUUCAGGUACACGAAGAACAACUCCUCUAUCUAUUUUAGAUGUUAUAGAUAUUGAAGAGAAUAUUUGGUCACCUGUCUAUGGAUUCAAAGGUUUUCUUGAUGCAACUGUUAUUGCACGAAGGGAAACUUCAAAUUUUCUAGUUCCAUUGGAAGUGAAAACUGGGAAAUUAAGAAGUAUUGCACACGAGGCUCAAGGCCUAAUCUAUACAUUACUAUUACACGACCGUUAUGAUAUUGCAUUUAAUUUUUUUCUUUUAUAUUAUACCAGAGAUUCAACGAUGACUGAAUUCCCAUUUGCAUUGCAUUCUAUAAAACAUAUAAUAAUGCUGCGUAAUAGAAUUGCCAUGUUCUUACAGUACAGACUAACAGAAAUCAAUAAACCUGGUGAGACAAUUAUUGAUCUUCCACCAUUAAAUGAAUGUAGUUUUUGUGAAAGAUGCGGUGAUAGGAUAGAAUCAUUAAUUUUACACACACUUCUCGGUGAUUCUACUACACUAGACGAUAUUGGUGUUGAAGAUUAUUCACAAUUAACUGCACAUCUUAAAGCCAACCUACAUGAAAAUCGCUACUUUUUUAGGAAAUAUAAUGAUCUGAUUACAAAGGAAGAAUCAAGCAUAACAUCGCAGAACCAACAAUUAUAUCUAAAAGAUUCUGUAGCUAGAGAAUUAGAGGAUGCUAUUACAUUAUCUUAUUUAGUCAUAUCUAAUUUCUCAUCAGAUUCAAAUUUUGAAGGCCAAUACAUAUAUACUUUUUCGAGAAAUCCAAAUUAUGAGGCAUUCCCUCCAUUAUCACAUUCUCAAAUAUAUCAAAACGAUCCUGUAUUUAUUAGUGAUGAAGUUGGAAAUUUUGCCCUUGCCCAAGGAUAUGUUAUUGAAAUAACAGCUUCUCAAAUAGUUAUAUCGACUAAACGACAGUUAAUUACUAAUAAACAAACUAUGACAGAUAAUUCAAAAAAUAUUAACCAGUCAGUUAUAAGUGUUCUUCACCCUGUUACAAGUACAUCUCAAGCUAUUCAAAGUCAAAAUUAUGUCAAUUAUAGAAUUGAUAAGAAUAACAUUCAACAAGAUCUCUCCACAUCAAGAUUCAAUUUAUUAAAUCUUUUUCUUCCACCAGUAACACCUGGAAUUCAACUUGUAGAUGAGAAAACUGGCAAAACGAAAAUAAGUAAAAGAUCUGAUGGUGGUGAUGAAGUUAUGCGAAAAAUUUUAAUUGAUAAAGUAGCGCCUACAUUUGUUUCUAGUAAUCAAUAUCCUCAUGUGGUGUAUGAUGAAUCUUGUUUAGAUGGUUUUAAUGAAAAUCAAGUUAAAGCAAUUGACCAAGCAUUACGUUGUGAUAAUUAUUCAUUAAUCUUAGGUAUGCCAGGAACAGGUAAGACAACUGUUAUUGCAGAAUUAAUCCAAAUUUUGGUCACCAAUGGUAAGAGUAUAUUAUUGACGUCAUAUACUCAUUCUGCAGUAGAUAACAUUUUAUUAAAAUUAUUAAAUUCAGAUAUUAAUAUCGUGAGAUUGGGUUCCAAAUUCAAAGUCAAUCCAUUGACGCAAAAAUUUAUGCCAAACUAUGAAGAUAUUCGAACGUAUAAGGAAUAUAUUGACCGAAUUAACAAUAUAUCAGUAGUAGCAACAACGUGUUUAGGGAUAAAUGAUUUACUAUUUUCCUUAAGAACAAAAGAUUUUGAUUAUGUGAUUCUCGAUGAAGCAAGUCAGGUAUCUUUGCCUAUUGCUUUAGGUCCAUUACGAUAUGGUAACAGGUUUAUAAUGGUAGGAGAUCAUUUUCAACUGCCGCCAUUAGUUAAAAAUAAUAUAGCUAGGGAGAAUGGACUAGAAGAAUCCUUAUUUAAGAUUUUAAGCAAAAGACAUCCCGAGUCCGUAGUAGAGUUAACAUAUCAAUAUAGGAUGUGUGGUGAUAUUGUGAAAUUAUCAAAUUAUUUAAUCUAUAAUGGUAAGUUAAAAUGUGGCAGUGAUGAAGUUUAUAAUCAAAGUCUAGAUAUUAGUGAUCCAACAAAAAUAUUAUCCAGAUAUAAGAGAUCAGAUGAUAGCAAUAAUAUCGAUAUCAAUAAUAAUAACUGGUUAUCUGAUAUUUUGACACCUUCAAAAAAAGUUAUAUUUUUAAAUUAUGAUAAGAUCCCUACUAUCGUUGAAACAUAUGAUGGUGAUAAUAUAACAAAUAAAGGAGAAGUUGAACUGACCAAAUUAUGUUUAGAAGGAAUGCUAAGGUGCGAAGUUAAAUAUGAAGAUAUUGGCAUAAUGCCACUUUAUAGAGCACAAUUAAGAUUAUUAAAAAGAGAACUACAAGAGCAUGAGAUUAAUGGGUUAGAGAUUUUGACAGCUGAUCAAUUUCAAGGUAGAGAUAAGAGAUGUGUUAUAAUAUCUAUGGUUAGAUGUAAUAAAGAGUUACAUGGCGGUGCAUUAUUGAAAGAAUUAAGACGUGUUAAUGUCGCAAUGACAAGAGCCAAAUGCAAACUGAUUAUCAUUGGAUCAAAGAGAACAAUUGAAAAUAUCAAAGAACUUACUGGAUUCAUGAAACUUUUAGAAGAUAACAAGUGGAUUUAUUGGUUGCCAUCAAAUUCUUUGGAUGUUUAUGAUUUCACUGGUUAA